AUGCCUCGUCAAGUCGCACCACCGCCCUCGGGAGAGUUCCAGGUCGUUCUGACCAAGCCCUUCAAUGCUAACAAUGCCAAAGGCGACCCAGAGCACAUGAUUGAAGUGAUCGGAGAGCUGAACCGUCCAGCCUCGGUGCGCUCGUCACAGUACACCGGCAACUCCAAGUCCUCCGAGAAGACCGGCGACAUGCCAAAGUACGUUCUCUUCCACUAA